AUGAGCAGGGCUCUUAACCAGAUUUCUAAAUCACUGUUUGCGCAUAGAAUUGAAGGAGGAAAACUUCCUCGGCGGUUCACUCAGCCAACAUUCACCAUGUAUAAUGGCAAAACGGACCUUGUAGAGCAUGUUAGCCACUUCAACCAGAGAAUGGUUGUUCACUCCAGGAAUAAGGCCUUGAUGUGCAAAGUGUUCCCAUCCAAUUUGGGGCCUGUGGCAAUAAGAUGGUUUGACGGUCUAAGAGAAGGUUCUAUUAGCUCAUUUAAGCAGCUCACUAGGGCAUUUGGGGCCCAUUUUGUGACUUGCAGUAGGGUUGCUCGGCCCUUGGAUUCUCUGCUGUCUAUAACAAUGCGAGAAGGAGAGACCCUGAAAACAUAUUCCGAUAAAUACUGGGAGAUGUUUAACGAGAUAGAUGAGAACUUUGAUGACGUGGCUAUAAGGACUUUCAAGGUUGGUCUGCUUGCCGAGCAUGAUUUGAGAAAGUCUUUGACCAGGAAACCAGUUAGGAGUGUGUGUCAGCUCAUGGACUGUAUCCCACGAAGCUUAACCAAAGCCUUCAUUGCCAAUACCACCAAAAGCGGGGGCACACUACAGAAGAUUGCAGGACAUUGUGGAGUCAUUUGA